AUGGAGGGAAAUCCAGAGAAGGUGAUUAGAAUCCUUCGGAUUACGGAAGCUAACCAGAGUCUGAUCUUAAGUAGUGUAUUCCCAUGGAGUGAGGAGACCAGCACUGGCAGAGAGGUCUCAUGCAAGGGUGCAGGAGGCAAGUUCAGUAUUCCCCUCCACAAAGUUUGGCUGGAUUGUGGAUACAUCACUGGAGAGGUGACGGUGGGAGUGAAGGAGACACUGUGUUGUUUUUCUGGAGUGAGCAGCCAAGUCCACCCUGCUGCUAUCCUCCGACCACCCGGCCAAGGCGACGAGGUUGGCUACGGGCGGAUCUUCCGGCAGCUGCCCCUUCGCCGGUGUCGCCGCCUCCAGCAGCAAACCCCGGCCUCCCGACGCAGCCUGGACGCCACCCCGCCGCCUCACCGACGCAGCCUGGCCGCCACCCCGCCGCCUCCCCGACGCAGCCUGGCCGCCACCCCGCCGCCUCACCGACGCUGCCCGGCCGCCACCCCGCUGGCCGCCGCCCCCAGCCGCCCGUAUGCCAGCCGCCCGUAUGCCGCCCCCCGCUGCCCGGCCGCCCUCACGGCGCCCCACCCCACGGCACUCUCCAGCUGGCCCUUGCCACUGGCCAGCAGUCUCUCCCAGUCGCGGACGCUCCUCCACGUAACUUCUGCCGGCCCCUCCAGUUUCCUGCUGUUACCUGGAGCCCUCCCACUGGCCUCGUCCCGCCUCCGUCUACAGCUCUUCAUUGGGGAUUACCUACGGUCCAUCGCCCAGGAUUAACACUGUCAUCCGUGGAUUACUUACAGUGCGGUGCCAAGGAUAACGUACAGUUCGUUCAGUGGUGAGUGCAGUGCCAACGAUAACAUACAGUUCGUUCAGUGGUGAGUGAAGUGACAUUGCCCCAAUUCGGCAUCUCUCACCGCUGUGGCACCCGGUCACACCGGCGCCUCACGCCUUCACUCCUCACCGCUGUGGCUCCCGGACUUUCCGGCGCCUGUAGUGUACUUUACACAGUCACGUGGUGGUCCACUCAGCACAAUGCCUGAUGACGUCGACUCCGUAGCCUCCAUCUCAGCAGAAGACAGUACCAAGCAACUUGUUGGGCUCGUCUCACAGCUUAUACUUGAAGUGAGCGAUCUUCGGAGAGAGGUCAGAGAACGCUCAUACUCACGUUCGCGUUCUUCCUCCAGACACCACUUCCGGCGCC